AUGAAGUUUACGACCUUUUUCUCUCUGUUUCUGCUUUGUGGCUUCACCUCAUACCUUCCUUCAGCUACCGCUAUUGUGUUGGACAGUGAUGGUAAUUUUCUUGAUAAUGGUGGCACAUACUUUAUCAGGCAAUUUAUACUUCAAAACGGGGGUGGAGUACAUUCCGCAAUAACGGGAAACGAAACUUGCCCUUUGUCUGUUGUCCAAAAUCCCAGGUCUUCCGCUAACGGCCUACCCGUAAGAAUUUCAUCCCCGAUCAAAUUCCCGUACAUACAAGAAAGCUUUAUUUUGGACAUUGGGUUCACUUUUGUAGCCCCGUGUGCUCCCACUCCAUCUACGUGGACUGUUGUGAAGGGUGAGGGAGAUCGUCACCCUGUUAAACUUACUGGCUACAACAACACAAUAGUUGGUGGGUUUAGAAUUAAGAGGGUUUCGGUUGACAUUGGGGGCUACAACCUCUUGUUCUGUCCUCUGGAUAGUCCUUGUGGCUACGUUGCAGUUGAUCUUGAUUCUAGAAGAAACAGGAUUUUGGUGGUGACUCAGGAAGAGAAGGCUGCCAUGUGGAUUCAGUUUCAGAGAGUUAACCCAUUACCUCCAACUGCAACUGCAACUGCACAUGCAUCUGCGUGA